AUGAAUGGCCAGCCAGAUGGACAAUCCACUAAUUUAGACAGAACUGUUUCAGAGAUAAAUAAUACAGAUAACAAUUCUGCAAGAUCAGACGAAGAUGAUAGUAUUGCACACUUCCAGGAUGCUCAGGAUCCAUACGAAGACGAUGACUCAGGAAUGACCCCCCACUCACACCCUCGCCCCUUUCCCCGUUGUCUCUAUUUUCAUCACCGUCGGACAAACCAAGUUGAUUUACAAGUUGCACCUCCACAGCAACGAGUAAACCAGCAUCAGCAAGCUCAGUUGACCGGGAGAACAAACCAACCGGUCUUAGUGCCAGGUGCUGCUGCAAAUCCUAAUGCAGCUGGAAAUUCUCGUUCUAGUCAGUCUCAGCUUCCUUGGCGAAGAAUGAGUCGGUCUGAUUAUCAGAAGUACAGCAAAGUAUUCAUGGCUGUGGACACAGACAGGGAUGGAAAAAUUACUGGCCAGGAGGCAAGGAACCUGUUUCUAAGUUGGAAGCUGCCUCGAGUUAGAAGCCUUCAAUUUUGAUGAUUGGGACUCUGGGACAUGGAAUGAUCUCUUUGGUAGCUUGUAAUUUUAGAAAGUUGGUCACCAAUUUGUUUUCUUUUUCUUUUUUGCGAAGGGCAAGCACUUAAAGCCCCUUAUUCUUCUUGAACUUUCUAUUUUUCCUUCAACUUCGGUAGUUGUGUUGUUCCACAUUAUUUUUUUGAGAAAUGAUGGGUUUUACAAAAUCAGCAGCGCGGGGGAAGUGUUGAAAUAUGUUCGAGUGAACAAAAACUAAAAGAAAAUCCCGUUCUAACCGUAAAGGGACUCUAAGGGGUCGUUUGGUGUGAGGUAUAAGGGAUAAAUAGUCCCGGGAUAAAAUGAAGUAUUAUUUUAUCCCAUGUUUAGUUUGAAGGAUUAGUUAGUACCGGGAUUAUUUAUCCCACUAUUUACACCAUAGUGAUGGGAUAAGUUAUCCUAUACACAUGCUGGGAUAGCUAAUCCCGGAUUAUACCGGGAUAACUAAUCCCCGGGAUAACUCUUCCCCAACCAACGACCCCUAAGAGACUAAGUAUCGAUUUUGCUUCAUCUGUGAAUUCCUCUUCACGCCGUUAUUAAAAAAAUGAAUUACUCUUUACACUAAAAAAAGUGUGAACACUGGGUUUGUUUGUUGUUGUUAUUGUUACUCGGAUUUGAUUUGCUAGAUUGAGCAUGCUUUGUCUUCAACACAUCUAACAUUCCUUUCACUCCAUACAUAACCAAAUACAUGCCGGUAUGUUAUUCAACCAUUCUAUAGCUUCAUGUUUAGUCUCUUAGGUACAGUUCUAAAAGUUGAGGUUUAGGUAGGAGACUGUUGGGUAGCCUUGGAGCUCUUAGCUUAAUAAGUAAUUGUAUUUCAUUUAUUAAUUAAAAGUACAAGUUGUCUUGUUAGGUCUUGCUUGAUAUGCUUAUUAUUUACUUUCAUUUAGUUAGUGAUAGACUUAAGAGCUCUGUGGAUUUGUUAGAAUCCCAAUAAAAUACUGUACAAAUGUGAAAUGACAAUUAUUUAGAAUCCAAUUAAAAUACUGUACCAAUGUUUAAUGAAGA